AUGAGGACAUUCCAAUCAUCACUAUCGCAAUGGAUGGCCUUCCUCCUUAUGUGUUUGGGCUUGGCAAAUGCCCACACGGUCAUCGUUUAUCCCGGCUAUAGAGGGAACAACUUACUUACAAACGGCACUAUUGAGGAAGCCAACGGUCUCGGGGUGGCUAUGAGCCCCAACGCAACAGACAACAACUCCUUAAUAUACCCCUAUGGACAACAAUGGAUCUAUCCUUGCGGAGGUAUGCCCACAUCAACGAACCGAACCAAGUGGCCUGUCGGCGGCGGUGCGAUCUCUUUUCAACCUGGCUGGUUCCAGGGUCACGCCACAGCAUUCAUCUACAUCAACUUGGGCAUUGGCACAGUACCCGAGAAUAUGAGCCAUCCCAUGAUCCCACCUUUCCAGAUUAACGGUCCUUCCAAUGAGCCGUACCCAGGCACAGUUUGCUUGCCACAAGUCCCGUUACCGGCCAACAUUAGUGUGAGUCCAGGCGAUCAUGCUACGAUUCAACUCGUCGAGACGGCUAAACAUGGCGCCGCCUUGUAUAAUUGCGUGGAUAUCGAAUUCGCGGAACCCGAAGACGUCGCCGAGGUCACCCGCGAUAACUGCUUCAACUCGAGUCAUAUCAGCUUCUCACAGAUCUUCGCUGCGACGUCGCUGACGUCGGAUGCUGUUGCACAUGAAGCAACAAGAGGGACGUUUACGACCUUACUACCUGCGGUAUUAGCGGCUGUGAUGGGCGCUAUGAUGAUGUAA